AUGGCGGCCCCUGUGCUGCCUGACCUGGACACCGCUGAGGGGAGGGCCGAGGCCAUAAGACUCCUGGACCCAGACUUCCAGGGGUUGCUUGAACGGAAGGGUCUGUCAGACAGACUCCAAGGCACACUGUCGAACGCAGGGGUUCGUAGCAUCAGCCUGUUUUCAGUCAUUGGAGACACGGCUGCGGAGGUCAGGACCUUUGCGGUGGACCACUGCAACUUGGAUAGAGGAAGGGACGUGGUAGCAGUGGCCGGUAUGAUCGAUGCAGUGCAGGCCAGCAAGACCAGGAUGGCCACGAGAAACCAGUCGGAGGCCGACGCCGUGAAUGCAUCGAUACCACCGCCGCUGAAUAAGGCAGAAGCCCAAGACCUGCGGGUGCGCUUCGAGCAGCUGCAUUACAAGUUGGAGGACAAGGUCACGCCGUCCACCGGCACUCUGGAGCAGCUGUUCGAGCAGAUCGAGACAGGUGAAUGGAAGAGGAUGUCCCUGGUGAUGUUUCUCAGCAGGGACGAUGCAGACUCGGAACCGAUGGCCGCGACCCUGGACAAGAACGGCACCGUGCGGGUCAAGAAGGGCUAUGGAGAGAGCAAGCCACCAAAGUCCGGGGAGGAUCUUCGACAGAGGGUCAAACUCCUCGGACACAUAUACCUGUUCGCGCAGUUGAAAUUCCCCAACAGACAUGAGUUGAGGAAUAUAGGUCCCAACUUGUUUCACAAGUACGCUGACUUUCUCCUUGGAGAACACGUCAUGGGACUUCAGGCAAAGGACUCGCGUGGUGAAGUCGUGGCAACGCCAAGCUUGGAGCUGGUGUUGAGUUAUGAGUUCCAAGUGAGGAAACUGAUGGUGAAGUAUAUGAACGAGGGCACAGAGAUGGUGCAGGCGUUGGAAGACGCGAUGAAGGACCCCACCAUCAAAGAACGGUAUUUCCUCACACCAGCCGCCCUUGAUGCAGCCAUGAGCGGAAGGGAUCAGGGCAGGAAGUCAAGGUCUCCCCGGAGAGAACACUCUCGGGAGGAAUCAUACCCCAGGGGAUCGCAAUCCUUUGGGAAGGGCAAGGGAGGCAAGGGACGCAAGGGCAAAGGAAAGUCCAUGCACACGAAGACGCCAGAUGGGCGUGACAUAUGCUUUGCCUGGAACAACAGGGAUCAGCGCUGCCGCUAUCAGUGCGGUAGGGUGCAUUGCUGCCAGAUCUGUUUCGGCACGCAUCCUGCGCACUCCUGCAAGAAGGGCAAAGGAGCCUCACAGCCAGACACGGAUGACAAGACAAGGAGGGACACAGUUCAGGUGACAGAAGGAGAAGGGUCAUCUGAAGUUUUGGAAGAGACCGCAGUUGACCACAAGAACAGCGGUAGGGGCCCAGGCAGGGCCGAGAUUCCUUCAAGUUUCACCCUGAAGGUACUCUACCUCUUUGCAGGGGCGGAGCGUAAGACGUCUGUGGUCGAAUGCCUGCGUCGGCUGACAAAAGAUGCGGGCUGGGAACUUGAGGCGCAUGAGAUUGACCUCAAAAGAGGUGAAGGUUUUGAUCUCACCCAAGAGCGGCCCACCGCCUCUUCGAAGCAAGGAGCAUCCGUGGGGGUACCCAUGGGUGAAGAGAAGGUCAAAAGAGAGGAAGACGGCAUGCAGUUCAAUCCAGCCAGCAUUUGGCAGCUGGAAGAGAUACGUAGGUUGGUUGACAAACAAGGGCCAGUUCAAACUGUGGGCAUCAACCAGUGUUGCUGGGGGGCGCCAUGGCGCAAACCAACACGUCUGGUCACAACAGCCGUUUCGGUUCAGGCCUGGGGUCCAUGCCAGUGGCCAGUCAUGGACGAAGACAAUGCUUACCAGGGACCUCUGGAACGCAAUUGCCAGUGCAAAGUGACGAUGUCGCUGGCAAGAAAAGAAGAAGAUGAAGGGUUCCGCACCUCCGGAACCGAUGUAUACCCACCAAAGCUGGACCUGGGUAUUGCAGAAGCACUGAUGUCACAUAUCCAGACAGCCUUGGACGCUUCCUCCAAGGAGGGGGAAGGGGAAUCAUCCAAGGAGGCUGACACAGAGGAGGUCUCUACAAGAAAGGAUUGUAAAGACGACACAAAGAAGGAGCGUGUGACAAAGAUCCCUGUAGAAGAGGAGUACAGGGAUCAAGAGGAAGGAGUCCCCGUGUAUGAGGAUACGGGGUUCAGAGGAGGGGGUCAAGGGGUGCUUCUGGAAGAUGGCGGCAGGAGAAGGCCGAAUGACAGGGAAUCGGAGGUGAACUUCAGGCGACUGAAAUGCAUGCUGGAGGCCGUGUGCGAUGUGGACCACUCAUGGCUGGAAGAGGUUGCGGAAGAAGGAGUAUGCUUGGGGGUAGACGAAGAGCUACCCAGGGUACCAGAGGUAUUCGAAGAAAAGGAAAAGUGGAAUCUUAGUUUCACGGAAGAAGACUUUCGUGACACGCUUGCGGACAACUACAAGUCUGCCGAGGAGAACUCGGUGAACAUAGCAAGACAGGUGGCGGAGGAGGUCGAGAGGGGCUCGAUCAUCAGGAUGAGUCUGAAAGAGGCUGAGAAGAAGUAUGCGGGAAGGUUGGCGAUAGCCGCACUUGGGGCGGUCCCGAAGGAGCAGGGAUCGGAUGUGGUGAGGAUCGUCCACGACGGUUCAUAUUCGGUGGAUGUGAACCAUCGGAUAAAGGUCAGGGAUCGCAUGAGAUUCCCGACAGUGGAUGACGCGGCAGGGGUGCUCAUGCACCUAGAGGAUCAGGCAGAAGAGGAGAAGGGCCUGGUCAGGUUUUCUAUGUUAUAUGAUGUGGCAAGAGCUCAUAAGCUCUUGCCGGUGAAGGAGAAGGACUGGGGUUUGCAGGCCUUUAGGCUGCCAGGCAAAGAGGAGGAGAUGAAGGAAGAGGUCUUCCUUCAUACGAGAGGCACCUUUGGAAUAGCUUCAGCAGCAUACUGGUGGCAGAGGCUGGCCGCUGGCGUUGUCCGCCUAGGGCACGUUUUGGCAGGGGUGGAUCUUGGCAUAUUACACCUGCUGUUUGCCGAUGACGGUUGGAUGGUUGCCACGGGAGGUUUCUUUUGGAGGAAACUGCUCUUCUGGCUUUUCAUUUUGGAUCUGUUGGAGAUUCCUCUCUCUUGGAAGAAGGUGAGAGGGGGGGUCAAAGUCCAAUGGAUUGGUUACCAGAUCGAUGUGCAGAUGUUCGAGAAAGGAAUCUCGAGCAGGAAGGUGAAAUGGGUCGAAGAAUGGAUCAGCAGUCAUCUGAUCUCAGAAGGAGUGGUCGGAAGAGAUCUCCGAUCAGCAUUGGGGAGGUUCGGAUUCGUCGCAGGUGCUUUGCAUCAUGUCCGUCCCUUCCUCGGCCCGCUGUUCGCGUGGUCGGCAGUACUUGCUCCAGGGACAUUUGCCAAGUUCCCGGAGGCGAUAAGGAUCCUGCUGGAAUAUGUGAAGAUGCAGAUCUCCUUGGAGUCAAUGUGCAAACCAAGGAGAGUAAAAGAAAGGUCCCGCGAGGCGUUCAGAGUGGAUGCCAAGGCAGAAGGCGAGUGCAUUGUGAUCGGGGGAUGGGAGAUCCCUCGAGGGAGCUCGAAUGAGAAAGGAAGAUGGUUUUCCAUUCGUCUGAAUAGACGCAAUGCACCGUGGGCCUACAUGAAAGGCGAACCAUUCCGAAACGUCGCAUCGCUGGAACUGACUGCAGUGCUGGUAGCAGUUAUCCUCUUUGGGGACAACUUGGUGGACGACGAGGGUAUCAGCACGUUGACGUUGUCUGCCAGCACGGACAACCUGGGAAACACAUACGUGUUGCAGCACUUUAUGUCUUGUAAGUAUCCUCUCUCGAUAGUUGUUAUGGAACUAGCCAUGCAACUCAAGAAGUGCAACCUGGAAUUGGAUCUGGGUUGGGUGCCAAGAGAUCAGAACACCGAAGCAGAUGCACUCACAAAUAGCGAUUUCUCAGGCUUCCUGCCCGAGAAAAGGAUCGAGAGAAACUUCGAAGACAUACAGUUUGAAGUCCUAGACAAGCUUGUCGAGAAAGCAGGAGAACUCGACAAAGACAUCAGGCUAGCAAAGUCUUCGAAGGAGCUGAAGGGCGAUAGGCCUGAAGAAACGAUCCGCAAGAGAAAGCGGGGUCAAACCAGAUGGGAAGAUCCAUGGUGA